GUAGACCCACGGUAGGGUAGAAGCCUCCGUUUGAGAAAGCUUGCUCACAAAAAAUCAACUCCACUCAUCAAAACACUUCAACACACAAUGCCAAAUAUCAUCCUCAAGAAAACCUUCAAGGUCAAGCCCGCUGGAUUCCAGGUUGCCAAUGAGAAAACUUUUUCCUUUCAUGGGGGGGUCGCUCCCACCAUGAUUGAAGCUGUCAAUCAAAAACUAGCAUCCAUCAGAUUGUACGGGAGGUCAAAUCGUAUACAGUUUGUGCUGGGCCCGACUGGGCACUAUCAAUGCGCUAUGAAUCAUGACUUUCAAAAGUACCACGAAGAAGACGCGGUCGUUGCCAUAUUGGAUGUGAUGGAACUCCUGGGAUGGACCUUCAGAUUCCAAUAUGAUUCCGAGUCCCAUUCAACCAAGGUGAAUGGCGCAUCCUUUACCUCGAGAGAGCUCUUCAUAUUCAGCAGAUCAACAUAGAAACAUAGAAACAGACAAGUACAAGACAGAAAAUACAACGAUAUAGAUAUAGAUCCCCAGUUUUUCAAAGCACAGUCCACCAGCUGAAGAGCGGCUUAUUCCUUUUUGUAACCACACCAAAAUAUCGAAAGUUGCCUUUCUUGCUUGCGUGUCUCUAGUAGUAUCAUGCCACAAUUUAGAACAAGAAGAGAAAAGCCAGCUCAAUCACAAUCACGAUCGAGAACAUAGCCCCACAUCAGCCCGAUACCGGGACAGCGUCGUGAGCGGUGACCUCCUCUUCAAUGAUGUCCUUAUCAAUUCUUUCAGCUUCAACUGCCUCGUCAUCCCUCUCUUCCUUUGACAGUUGUAGCCUCCUCCUCAGAUCCACUGUCUUGCCCUGUGAUAAACGAGUAGGAUCCCCCGUGGGUGCAUCAUCGGGACGAGGGCCAUGAGGAGGUGUCCUCCAUUUGGGCGAUGAUUCAUCAUUCCUUCC